ACACAUGCAUGUGACGUCACCCCACCCCGAGUGAUUGCGUAAUAUAUUUUGUCUUCAAUCGUCAUGUCGACUGCAAUGAACUUUGGUGUGAAAAGCUUUAAACCAAGAGCACCAGAAAAAGGAAGUUUCCCUUUGGAUCACGAGGGAGAAUGCAGAAAAUUCAAAGAACUCUUCAUGGAUUGCCUGAGAGAGAAUAACCAUGAUAAUCACAAGUGCAGACUGGAGUCUAAGAACUAUUUGGAAUGCAGAAUGGAAAGGGAUCUAAUGAAGAGGGAAUCGUUUUCCAAACUUGGAUUUUCAGACCUGGGAGACUCGAGCAAGUCAGAAGCAGGAUCAGCCAGUAAUUCAUGACAUAGGACUUAAUUUGUCGGACUGUGACUGGUGAAUUACAGUAAAAUUACUGUAAAAUGCAUUGCUCCAUAGAUUUUUAACUUAGUGGUAUGAUCAACCCAGGUUUUUUUCAUCACACUUUAAUCAUCCUCUUUGAGGGGAGAGGCAUGUCACGGUAUGCAUUUUCUACUUGAACAUGUAUUAUACUCUGCUGGAUAUAAUUACCGAUAUAGUGAUCAAAAUUACAUGUAUGUGAUAGGAUUGGAUGAGAAAAUAAGAUACGUCUAUUAUAAAUCUGACCUGAGCCCAAAGUGGACAAUGCGUUGUGGUAGCAAAUUAGUUUGGCUCUUUCUCUGCAAUGAGGAGAUGUGUAACAUGUGUCCAAGGAUGGGAUAUGAACCAGGACACACUUUAGUUACACAAGACUGAUAACUGCUUGCAUGGAACACACUCUGGCAGACUCUGGAUUAAGGUUGACUCGGCCCCUCUCCAAGAAAUAUGCUGGACACAUUGCUUUCCCGUCCAUUGCUGCAAGGUUGUGGAACAAGCAACUCACCACUCUAAAGACUGCUACAUGUGUAGACCAGUUCAAGAAACCUUUGAAGACCCACUUAUAUAUAUUGUUGGAAAGCAUUGAUUCCUUUGAUUGCUAUAUUUGUAUGACAUUUGGUGUUUUUAAAGUGUUUAAAGUAGAGGUUCAUUGAUCAUUGCAUAAAGGGAAGGUUAAAUCGGACAAAGUUAUCAGAAUUCCCCUCGAUUUUAUAACGGUAAGAUACAGCCACACUUUCGCAUUUGAAUAGCUCUCCGAACACUGCCAAGAUUUGUGACGUCACUCAAGGCACCAAAUUAGCAUAAGCAUACAAUGUCCUAUAACAAUGCAUACAUUUUCAAUGCCUGUUUCGUUGUCUCUUCACUUGUUUCUCUUACCAUCAUCAUUGCAACUGUUUGAUCUGUUGCCUCACUCUAAAUGUUCAAACAUUUUCUAAGCUUCAAUAUGGCUUGUAAAAAAAGACACCCUUGUACAUUCAGCUGCAUACCCAAUGCAUGUGCAGUGUUUCAGACAGGAACAAACACCAUCCAUUUUUAUUUAGCAGGCUUAUCAAUUCGAAAGUGAGCUGAUAUUGAAGUGUUUUUUUAAUCCAU